AAAAGUCCAUUUUCCGACCUGUUUUUAUUAUUUCUUGUCUUUUCUUCUAGAUAUUGAUUCCAUAUUCCCCCCACCUCUCAGCGCCAAUACCGUUUCUUGAUAGGGAAGGUGAGUUGGUUCUUGCGGGAAGUAGUUCGUGAGUUCUAAUCUUCGUUCCUCCGUCAGACCACCCCCUCUCCUCCAUUGAAUAACCUGCUUUGCAAUCAACGCAAACAUCCGAUCUCUUCCUCUUCUUCUUCUCCUCUUCUUCUCCUUCUUCUUCUUCGCAAAAAAGCAACCAUCUGGGGCUGCUUUGAUGCCUGCAAGACUGAGUCUUCCAACGGCCAAAUCGAUGGCUUUUCGCAGUCUCUUCUUGUCGAGCCUUUAAGCGCCACCUUUCCCGCCGGCGAGCUCUCUCCUUUUGCUUUCUUGUUGGGCCCUUUGUCCUCCUCUGUUCCUCUGCCGAGGCUUAACGGGCGGUGUUCUUGGCUGCGUUUCUUGGACUUCUCGGGGGCGUCAGAGGAGAUGGGCGUCGUGGGUGUUGCGUUUUCGUCUGCAUUCCUUUGAAAGAAGGCGGGGUUUGCGUGGAAAAUCGGUACUGGGAGAGGGAGCUUCUCUCUGCCAAGGAAAAGGAGGCGGGUUGGCUCGAUUCCAGGCCGAUACAUGGCCGAGAUUGGCGUUUGUUUGGGGAUGCCUGAAACGGAUGCUGCUGCCCUUAAAGAAACGCUCUUUGCUCAGCAGCAACUCCUGCAGAAACUCUACGAUGAAUUAGAUGAAGAGCGGGAAGCGUCUGCUACCGCGGCCAGCGAGGCCUUGUCAAUGAUACUGCGCUUGCAGGGUGAAAAGGCGGCCGUCAAGAUGGAGGCCGACCAGUACAAGAGAAUGGCCGAGGAGAAGAUGUGUCAUGCCGACCUCUCCCUGGAAGUGUUUGAGGAUGUUAUUUACCAGAAAGAGAUGGAGAUCGCUUCGCUCGAGUUCCAAGUCCAAGCUUAUCGGUAUAAGCUUCUGAGCAUGGGUUACACUGAUUUGGGACCCAGUGAAAGUAGAUUUCUGGAUAAUCUGUUUUUGCAAAGAGGAGAUGUCUCCAAUGGUGGGAAAGGAUUGAAUGGUGGCGGUGUGAGGAGAUUGAACUCUUCACCUCCAAUUUGCUUGAAGGAUCCUAUUCCACAGAAGGGCAUAAUGAAAAGGUCAAACUCUGUUUUUCCUAAUCUAGACGUGGUUUCGAGAAUAGUUGAAGAGAAUCGAUCUGGAAGGUGUGGUCGAGAGCUUGAAUUCCGAGAGCAAAUCAAAAAAUUCGUCAAAUGGGAUUUCAUUCCAGUUUGGGAGCAGAUCAGAAGAUUAGGGAAUCGCGUGAAUGAAAUAUCGGAACAUAAGGACACUAAUCAGGAUAAUAACGACUACUCUAAUGGCGUGUCUAGGUCCUGUGCUAUUGUUUCCUGUGUGAGUGCACCACCUUGUUAUGCUGCAGGUGAAUGGGACAAUGCAAAGUCUGAUCAAAUGAACCAUUGUGAAAAUCUCUACACAGAGGAAGCGGUUGAGAACUCUGCUAGUCCGACAACUAUUCAAGAUAUUUUUGAAGUACCACAGAGUGACGAGAGCUGUAAAUGUCAUGACGUUCAGGUGAAAGAAUGGAGUAAGAAGGAAUCUAAAGGCGAAGAUCGGCUCGGGAAGCCGGAUUUGGUCACUGAUCAAACUGACUGGAUAAAGAAGAUGCUGCUUUCGCUAAACCAUGAUAAGAUGCCAUCUAACUCUGGACUGAGAGAGAAGAUGAGCGCUGACUGUGAUGGGUUUCAAGAAGCCCAUAAAGCCAGGGUACCCAAACAUCGGUCUGAGUUUCAACAGCUGAGUGAGAGAAUUGAACAGCUUGAGACAGAGAGGAAUGCUAGAAGCUGCGAAAUCGUCCAUGAAAAUGAAGAGGAAAUGAACUUACUGAAGGAGAUACGAGAACAACUGAAUUCAAUACAGCGUGAGAUGAGGCGUGAGAACAAAAGGAAAGACACUCAACUUAACGACUUGCCCCUUCUCACCAUAACAGAACAGGCUAUGUUGCACUUCUGGCUCUGAUCAAGCAAGAAAUUAUGGCAACAGCUCUUCAACUAACCUCAAUAUAUUCCCUGCAUGAUCUUGGAUUUGGAAUGUGCUUUUGAUGGACUUUGCACAAAAUCAUCUUGCCUCUCUUCCCGUGUUGGUAAUGAAAGAUUACUUCGAUUUUUACUCCGGUUGAUGAUGUACAGAAUCGAGAUUUUCAGUUUGAAAUCUGUAAAUUGAUACAUGUGAGACAGAUGAUUCACUUUUGCUAGGAUAUUGAUUUUCAUUCUCCUGUUUUGUGAAUUGUGAAGGACGGAUAAUGCUCUAUGUAUUCAUAAUUGAUAUGAGUGUAUAUUGGUUUUUGUGUGGGUCUUCAA